AUCCAGUGCACGAAUCUUGAUUAGAACAUUUCUCUCUUGAAAUCAGACGGAAAUAGCUGGACGCACUGGACAAUAAGGCAGCACGGUCUUGACGUCUGAUGGAGUGAUUCAUGAGGGUGCUGUAUCCCAUGUCACAAAAGCACGAUACACAUGAGAGAUCCACAAUGACUGAACUCUGCAUUCGAUCAGUCUUCCUGGCAGUGAGUGUACUGCUUUUAUCACCCAUGAGCGAUUCCAUCAAGAUAACCCCACGGCCCAAAUACCAAUACACCAAGAAGCCUCCUCGAGAGUUGGUCCACACUACCGCAUAUGUUGGUAAACCCACAGCUACACCAAGGAUAGUGGACUAUACCAAGACAAAAGACCGUGUUGCUUCUGUUACCACAGAAAGUACCACUGUCCCCGCUAAUGGUUAUGCGGGUUACCACCAAGCCACCACAGUCACACCCAACAGUGUGCAGGAUAACUAUACUUUGGACUAUACAGAAUGUUACCUCAACUUCUGCGAGUGCUGCCCUCCAGAACGUGGACCUGCUGGACCAAGUGGUGACAUGGGGCCUCCAGGACCUCCUGGUCAAAAAGGGGACCCAGGACUCAAAGGGUCUCUAGGACCAAUGGGUCCACCUGGUAUGCCAGGAUUGAAGGGUGACAAAGGAGAAAAGGGUGAGAAAGGAAGCAGUGGAUUUGCAGGCUCUCCAGGCAACACAGGGAAGGCUGGACAAAAAGGUGAUACUGGACUUAAAGGUGAAAAAGGUGCAGGGGGUAUGCCAGGACUCAAAGGUUCUAAAGGUGAAAAAGGAGAGCCUAGUGAAAAUGCAACUAAAGGUGACAGAGGUGAGCAAGGUAAAGAUGGACCACCUGGACCACAAGGCAUGCUUGGAGACAAGGGUGAGAAAGGUGAAAGGGGAGAAUGCGGACUGCUGGGAGAAAGAGGACAAAAAGGAGAACCAGGCGAACCUGGGCCCCCAGGUAUGAGGGGUGAUCCUGGCACUCCAGGGCAACAUGGAUUGCAUGGAAACCCUGGCAUUCCUGGAGAGCGUGGUGAACCUGGGAACUUGGGAAUCAAGGGCGAGCCAGGACCAAAAGGUAAUGAAGGAACUCCAGGUAUAAGAGGUUUAAGAGGAGCGAAAGGUGAACGGGGUCUUCCGGGAAAGCGUGGUGACCGUGGCCUUCAAGGUAUAAAAGGGACAGCGGGUGACACCGUGGGGCAACUCCGCUCUGCCUUCAGUGUAGGUCUCUACCCAAGCAAGUCAUUUCCACCCUCAGGCUUCCCAGUUCGCUUUGACAAGAUAUUCUACAAUGGAGAAAAUCAUUACGAUGUCACCAUUAGCAAAUUCAACUGUACUUACCCAGGGGUUUACGUCUUCUCUUAUCAGAUAACUGUGAGGAACAAGCCUUUGCGGGCGUCCUUAGUUGUGAAUGGGGUGCGCAAGCUGCGUUCACGGGACGCACUCCAGGGCCAGGACAUUGACCAGGCCUCUAGCCUGGUGCUACUGAAGCUUGCUGCUGGAGACCAGGUGUGGGUGGAGACAUUAAGGGAUUGGAACGGUGCCUAUUCAAGCAGUGAGGAUGACAGCACCUUUUCAGGGUUUUUGCUCUAUCCUGACUGACAUCAAAAACAAACUAGGGUCAGGUACUGCACUGAAAUCUACAACACCAUCAUCUGUGGGAUUGAGAUACAGAUUCGAGAGAUGUGCGCCGGACUGGUUUUUAAUCCCGUUCCUGCCCACUCUUGAAGGAAUUGACCAAUCCUUCUUGCUAAAACAGACCGUCUGUUUUAACAAUGAAAAAAAUUGGUUCUGGUUCCCAAAAUACAAACAAAUUAAUAUUUUAAACCAUAUGUAAACUAACCAAGAUGGAGCAGUUACCAAAGAAUAAAUUCAAUGUACAGUGCGCAAACCACUGUCUCGAGUAUGCUCUCAUUUUACCAAAUGUGACCUUUCUUCUUACCAUAAUAUACCUUUAUAUCUGAUGGACUGCUCCUGAUCUUAGAAAAAGUAAAAAGUGACCACUACCAUGACACGUUUUUUAUUGGGUCAGACAGGAUCCCAGUCCUGAUGCACACCUCUGAAACACCAUGUCUACUUCAUAUACUUAGCCUGGUGUUUAUCCUCGCAUCUGGUGACAUUCCCUUCUACAUUUGAAAAAAAUACAGAUACCCUAUCUUACCACAGACGUACUAUACCCUUUAUCAUUUUUGUGAUUUUAUUUUUUAAUAAUGAAUGGAAAAAUAUUAAUUGCUUUUAUUUUUUAUACAAAUCUUAAGCAAUUAAAUGUCUAAGCCUUGAAGACAAACACCAUACAAUAUAACCAAUAUGUCCAUGUUUAGGCACUCUGUGUAUUAUGCAUUAAUUAGCUUUAUAUCCUUUAAAUAUAUAGAUUCAUGCUGUACUACCCCAUAUGUGAAGAAUUAACAUUUAUUUAAAAAAU